UGACCUGCAGAACUGGAUUCAGUUCAACUGGAUCAGUGCAUACGGACGGACGGAAGGCGCUCAUCGCGUGCUCAGUGGAGGAUCCACAGAAACAGGCUGGAAAAAUGACAGUUUACACAGUUUUGUGUGCGGCAGUUCUGCUCGCUGCUGUUGUUUCUGUCCAGAGCGCAGACAAACACUCCCUGUUCUACAUAUACACCGCUUUAUCCAAACCCAUGAAUCUGCCAGGCAUCCAUGAGUUCACUGCGAUGGGUCUACUGGAUGACAGACAGAUUGACUACUACAAUAGUGAGCUACAGAAAAAGAUUCCUAAACAGCACUGGAUGAAAGAGAAAAUGCAGGAGGAUUACUGGGAAAAAGGCACUCAGUCCCGAAAGAGCAAAGAGCAGUGGUUUAGUGUCAAUGUCAACAUUCUGAUAGACCGAAUGAAACAAAAUAAGUCAGAUGUCCAUGUUCUUCAGUGGAGACAUGGUUGUGAAGUUGAGAAACAAGGAAAUGACGUGAAGUUUUCCAAAGGCAUCGAUGAGUACAGCUAUGAUGGAGAGAACUUCCUGUCUUUUGAUGAUGAGCAGUCAAGGUGGAUCGCUCCAGUUGAUGCAGCUCUCCCAACCAAGAGAAAAUGGGAUGAAGUACCCAUCCUAAACCAGUACACCAAGGGUUAUCUGGAGAAAGAGUGUGUGGACUGGCUCAACAGGUUCAGAGAAUAUGGAGACCAGGAGCUCAAAAAGGGCUCUCCACCAGAUGUUUAUGUUUUUGCAAGUAAGUCUGUCAGUGACAAAAGCAAACUGAAACUCACCUGUCUGGCCACUGGCUUCUACCCCAAGGAUGUGACAUUGAAAAUAAGGAAAUAUCGCACAUCUCUGCCUGAACAUCAGAUUUAUUCAUCAAGAAUCUUACCAAACCAUGAUGGGACAUAUCAGAUAAGGAAGAGUGUGGAAAUACUGGCGGAAGAAGAAAAAGCAGAUUAUGAUUGUUAUGUGGCUCACAGAACCCUUGAUGUACCUAUUACCAAAAAAUGGGAUGGAAAGUGUGGUAACUGCGAUCCAGUGACGGCCAUGGGUGUUAUCAUUGGAGCGGCGAUUGGAGCUGUGCUCGUAUUGCUUAUGGUCCCUAUAGUUGUUUGCAUCUUAAAGAAGAAAGGCAUUAUUGUUUCCAGAUCAGCUUCUCAUCGGGACAACAAGACCCCUAUUGUACAAAAUGAAGGAUUGCCUCUGAAUGCAGGAGGCCAUGUGAAAUCUACUGUGAUACCUGUCGGCAAUGUAGAUAAGCCUGAGGAGGGAGAGAGCUUAAUUAAAAAUGGAUCAAAAGCAGGAAGUCAGGAGAGUGAUUUCCAGACUGAUUCUGGACAUGGGAGCAACUCCAGUGUAUCCUCUAUGGAUGAAAAACCAUGCUAGAAUCUGGGGUAACAGCCUAACAGUGAAUCUACAGAUGCUGAAAAGAUCAACCCCUCUUAAAACCAGUUGAUGUGCCAGAACUGAUGUCACUUUGCUUAAAUGAGUUCACAUUUACUAUAUAGUCUAGUCAAAAAUGUUUAUGAACAAUUAUGAACAGUUUUGAACUGCACACUAUAUAGUAAAUGUGAACUCAUUUAAGCAAAGUAAAGUCAAACCCAUGGGUGGGGUCAAUGAGCAUCAACUUAAGUAACAGCGUCAUGGAAGAUUGGUGGUAUUUGUCAACAAUGCAAGCUCAUAAUCAUAAUAUAAUUAGAUAUUUUCUUAAAAACAAAUAAAAUAAAAACUCUGUAAAAUACCCUUGCAUUGUUGUUUUGCUCUUUGGGUCUGUGAAAGAUUUCUUGAUCGUAACUGCAUUUAUAACAUGAAAUGACUUUGAGUGUUCUUCGUUUUUCUUACUCUGCUCUAAAUUUAUGCUAAAAGCUUAAACUUUUUUUUUUUUAUUAUUAUUUGACUAGAUUUGUAAAGUAAUUAUUUUCCUACAGCUAUUUGUCAGUUAUUGUACAGAGGUAUUGUUCCAAAAUAUUGUAUAAAAUCAUUUGUGGGCUCCUUUCCUAAAAACUUCUUUUUAAAAGUUAUUAGUUUCUUAAAAUGAAAUAGACAUGUGAGGAUGAUAUCAGCAUCACAUGUUUGUGUCAUUGUUUUGACGGUUAUUAUUACAGUUUUCUGAUAUUAAUCUGUUCUGAAAUGGUUUUGAUGUAAAUAAAUUUGAGUUGGAUUUA